CUCAGGCACAUUUGCUGCCUUCUUGGCAGGGCGAGCCGAGCCGCAGCCCUGUGCCCGUCGGUCAUCCGCCUUGUCUGAGGCCGGCUGGGCGGGAAAGCCUCAAACUGCUGCAGCCCGCUGCGGGGAUGUGCCAUUGCCAUGGCGAGGAGGGUCUCUGCGGGGGCCUGGCUCAGGAAGCCCUACUACGGGCAGCAAAGCAGCCCGAGCAGAAGAAUGCCGCCCCUCAGUUAGGAAUCAGUGCCAUCAGUUUCUCCGGACUUCCCCAUCCUUCCUCUCUUUUGGGGAGUCAGCCCCUUAAGAGCCUUCAAAGACUACAGGAAGAGCAGGUUCGCUUCUCUUAUAUGCGGAUGAAAUAUCUCUUCUUCUUUUGGCUAGGAGUAUUUAUUGGCAGCUGGAUUAUUUAUGUUCAAUACUCAUCUUACACAGAACUUUGCAGAGGGCAUGACUGCAAGAAAAUAAUAUGUGAUAAAUACAAGAGUGGGGUUAUUGAUGGAUCAGCAUGUAGUAGCCUGUGUACAAGACAAACCCUUUAUUUCAGAAAAUGUUUGUCAACCCAACCCAACAAUCAGAUGUAUUUGGGAGAAUUGGGUAAUUUACAAGGUGUUAUAAAAUGCCAGAUGGAAGAAAUUGCUCAUAUUGAUCUCAGAACUGAACUAGAACCAAGGAAGGAAACAAUUCUGUUUGAUAAACCGACUAGAGGAACUACCGUUCAAAAAUUCAAGGAGAUGGUCUACGGGCUUUUUAAAGCAAAAUUGGGAGAGCAGGGAAAUCUUCCUGAAUUGGUUAAUCUCAUCUUGGCUGUGGCUGAUGGGAAUAAAGAUGGCCGUGUUUCCUUGCCAGAAGCAAAAUCAGCAUGGGCACUUCUCCAGUUAAAUGAAUUCCUGCUCAUGGUAAUUCUCCAGGAUAAAGAACACACUCCCAAAGUGUUGGGGUUUUGUGGAGAUCUUUAUGUGAUGGAAAAAGUUGAAUAUACCUCUCUUUUUGGAAUAAGCCUUCCAUGGAUUGUAGAACUUUUCAUUCCUUUUGGUUUCAGAAGAAGCAUGGAUCAGUGGUUUACUCCAUCAUGGCCCAGAAAGGCAAAAAUAGCUAUAGGGCUCCUAGAAUUUGUGGAAGACAUUUUCCAUGGACCAUAUGGAAAUUUUCUUAUGUGUGAUAUGAGUGCCAAAAACCUGGGUUAUAAUGAUAAAUAUGACUUAAAAAUGUUGGAUAUGAGAAAAAUAGUGCCAGAAAUGAAUUUGAAAGAACUUAUUAAAGAUCGUCACUGUGAGUCUGACCUGGAUUGUGUAUAUGGCUCGGACUGUAGAACUGUAUGUGACCAAAGUAAAAUGAAAUGUUCUACAGAAAUAAUUCAGCCAAAUUUAGCAAAGGUGUGCCAGUUGCUUAAAGACUAUCUGCUUCUUGGGGCUCCUUUAGAAAUACAUGAAGAGUUAGAGAAACAGCUGUACUCAUGCAUUGCCCUGAAAGUUUCAGCCAAUCAGAUGGAAAUGGAACAUUCCUUAAUACUCAAUAACUUGAAAACUCUACUGUGGAAGAAAAUAUCUCAUACAGAUGAUUCGUAGGUGCUGUGUCUCAGAAGAAAAUGCAGUUGCUGCUGUAGGAGCUGACCAUUUUUUGUGAAACAUACUUACACUUUUAAAAACAUUAUCCUCAUCUUUAUCAGCACUCUUUCAAACAUUGUCACCAGAGUGAUUUUUUUUCCCAGUUGGAAAGUUAUGUACAUUCUCGAAAUGUGUGCCCGUCAGACUACUGAAGCCAUAUGACUACAACACUCCUGGCUGGAAAGAAUACAAAGUCCCUGUUACCCUCUUACCCUUCUCUGGCUUAAGAGAUUUCAUAAGAAGAGCCUUCUGUUGUUAGUAUUCACUGUGUUUCCUUAGAAACUUACAAAAAGUUUAAACCAAAUUUAUACAUACGGAAAAAGCACUUGGUAUAAUCCCAGGAAAUCUGUUCUGUAGAAUUUGUUCUAUAGAUUUGCAUGUAAAUUCACAUGUAUUCAGCCAACUGAACAACUCCCUAAAUGUAAAAAAAAAUCUAGCAUUUGAAAUCUAGCCUAACCUUUUCCCUGGCAGAUUGGUUAUCAAAACUGGGAAUUCUUGAAGUAGAAUAGUGCAAAACUACCAAUCACACUUCCAUUUCUAAGUAAUAGCGAAAGAGAGCUGCACCAGAACCUCUGCACCACGAGCCAGUUCCAGUUAGCCAAGCUGCUUCCUCUGGUGGUGGGAUACCCUCCCCCUACUCUUCUAACUUUACAGAAGGCCUUGAAGCGCUGGCUCUUUUCCCAAGCACCGGGUUAGGGGAUGGCUGGAGUCCAGCAACUGCAAAUGUCAAUGUAUGCAGGAGUGUUUGCUUGGGGCUCCAGGAGUUGUUUUUUGAUGAUGGUUUUAUUGUUCCUUUUUACAUUUUUACUGCUGUUUUUGUGAGCUGCCCAGGGUUAUUGUAUCUAAGAUGGACAGCCAUAUAACUUCUUUGAAUAAAUGUAUUAAUUAAUAUCUCCUCUUGACAAAGCCCACGUGUCCAUCUGCUCCCUGGGAAAGCACUGUUUCAAGUACUAGGUUCCCUGAUGCUUUGGUUGCCCUGCACUUUGGGCAAAAGGAAAAGUUACAAGGAAAGGAGCAGGAUGGGUGAAGCUGGCUGUGUCGGCUGUAGUUUUAAAGCACUCUUAGCUGCCGUUCUUGUGAAUGCUGCUCAUGAAGAACUUUAUGAAAGACUUCCUGGUGACUUGAACGGGCUUCUUGUUUGAACUAAAUGUGUGCAAGGGGAAGAGCUUUGGCCCUAAGCUGUGAUAUCAUUUAGUCCAAGCAGAUGAGGGAGUGAUGGAUCCAGGGACCUGCUCUUGCUCCAGAGCUACCAUCUUACACAGCAUGAUAAGAAGUUUCGUUAUGUUCUUUUCUUCUCACAUCCUUCAUUUUGUUUCUUUGCCUCCCCCCAAAAAUUAUAAAAAUGUAUUGUGGUGCUUUGAAAAACAUUUGAAAUCUGAUUUUUAAAAUUCUGAAGUUUCUUUACAAACAUCAGUCUGAAGAACCCAUCACUAUACCAUUAACAUGGUGUCAUUCAACUUACUCUUUUUAAAAUAAUAAUUUUGGGGUUGUCUACUAAUUUUAGCAUGGCAGAAUUUGCACAUUAGUAACUUUUAGAGAAAAUCAGAGUGACAAUUGAAAAUGUUUUAAAAUGGAAGUUUUUCGAACGAGAAGUUUUUGUUAGAUUUUUACAUUUGUAUACACAUUUACCUCAUGCAUACAUUGAAUGUUAGUAAGUUUGCUAAAUCUCCUAGUUAAAAAUAGCCAUCCUAGCAUUUAAGGAUUUAUAAGAUAAGUUGCACACACGUAUAUACACUAGCAGCAAUAUGAAAGAUAAGAAAUCCGAUAAACUACAGUAAUCAGUUGGAUUGUAUGAACAGAUUUAUUAAAAAGUGUUAAGCAUUAUAUAUUUGAGAGUAAGACAUUGAAGAGAUCUUUAAGCUGAUUUUUAUAGUUUGUCAAAUUCAUAGUUUUAAUGCAAUCAGUGAUCGAGUCCUACUUUUUUUUUACCAGCAAAGUAUUAAAUCAUAGUGGAUAAUCUCACCAAAAGAAAGCCUAUCCAAGGGUUAAAUUCUGUGCGUGUUUGUUCUGAAGUAAUUUCAGUAUUGUAGUUGUAGGGUGGGAGAUUUUCUAUUGGGAGGUAAUAAUAUUUGUUUCUUCAGUCACCAAACUGCUGUGGUUUGGUGGAUUCAGCUCUCCAUGUGCACUUUGGAAACCAGAAUAUUACAUUCAAGCUGAUUUUGUAAGAAUGCAUAGGUUUGUUUUAGGACUAUGCGAUGAGCUAGUUUUUAAAGAGGCAUUUGUCUUAAGCUGAUAAAUACUGGUUUUAGCAUUGCUUACAAAACAGCGAAGGGAAAUACAACAGUGAUAUACAGUAUGUCUAAUACCAUCCUUCCUGGACUUUUUUUUUAAAUAUUUUGUGGUACUUUGCAUUUCUGUUUUAGGUGUCUCUCAGAACUACAGGCCAUAGUCCCCAGUUCUAGAAAGAAAUGACAACUUUGAUCACACAUGGAUAAUCUUUGGAAUCUUAUUUAGCUCCUAGCUAGUUAAACUACAUUGUUCAACGUAGUUAUUCAGCAGAGCUCUUGUGAAACACUUGUGCAUGUUCUUCUUGACACUAACUCACCUUUAGCCCUUGCCUCAAUUCAGUUUUAUAAGACAAUGAGAAAAUGACAAAAGUUAUUUACAAUUUCUCUUCAUUUGUUCUCUGUACAGUAUUUAAUUUUUGAAAUCAACAAAAAUUUCUUUUUUUACUUAGCAAACAUGCACUUAAAAAGCAAAAUAAUUUUUGUUCCCUGUAUAAUGUGUGAUAUUAUUUGCUUUAGGGUCUUGUAUAAAUAAUUUUACUAACAGUUUUCUUGCACAAUAUCCACUUUGUUUUUAAAUUGACAGAGACAGGAUUUAUUAGCAGUACCAGUAAACAUUCUUAUAUCUUAAUAAGCAUAUCCAUGGUGAGUAAAUGUGAAUGUCUAUAUUUUAUAGUCAUUGCUCAGUGGAAAAAGGAUAUUUGAAAGUUUCAGAUAAUGGAACUUGUUAGCAAUGCAGUUUGUACUGUAUUUCAUUUUGAUUGCUAUUAUACCACCUUCAGGAUUUUUAUUUUAAAUAUGAACUGUUUACAAUAAACUGGAACUAUUUCCCCUUUCUGGCAGUAAUACAUAUUGGGUAAAAACACUGCAUUUCUGGUAAUUAUUAGCGUAAAAUGCUGGAGUGAACAUGACACUAGUUGAUUCUGGAUAAAUUUGAACAAGGUUCAAUUUGAGAGUGCUGUGGAAUGUGUGCCUUAUCCUCUCCAAAUACAAGAAACGAAUAAAUACGACAAUUUUAGUGGACAGAGUUUUGUUGGUAUAAGUGAAAAUCACUGAAUUCUGCUUGUAGUUUUCAUAUUCUUGUAACAGAAAAUUGAUACUUAGGAUGAUUUAAUUUGAUGAUUUGUUUCUGUCAAAGGUUGAUUGCUGCAAAGCAGAAAUUACCAUUGAGGAAUAGAAAACCUGAACUGGGAUUAAAUCUAUUGAGAUGAUAAA